AUGGAGGCUGAUGAAGAAUGGAGUGAUGGAUCUGAUGAUGCUCUGAGAUCAGGAUCUGCCACAGAUAUAGCUCCCUCUGAUGGGGAAGAAUUGAAUAAUGAAGAAAAGAAAAUGGCUGCCACCAACAGACUUCUGAAGAGUGAUCCUGUGAAUGCAAUAUUAGAUAAAAUAGAUGCUGAACUUGGUGCUAUGAAUAGUAAACCAGUGCAGCCCAAAAGUUCACCCAAAUCUUAUCCAAAGGAAAAAUCAAAAUCUGAAGACAGUCAACAAAAUAAAAAAUCUUUGUCAGAGAGUAAACUGAAUAGUAAAGAAGCAAAAAUGAAAGAUGGUGACUAUUGUCCUAGUGAUUUAGAUUCUGUAGCAGCAGAACAAAUUGAUGAAAAAUUUAAAGAGAUUAUGAAGAAAAAGAGGGGUGGGUUUUUGGAAGAUUUGAACAAACAACAAAGUGACAAUGAAACGAUUAGAACUGAAGAUUUUGAAAGCAAAUUUAAAUCUGCAUUGAUUCAUAAUAAAGAUAGAGAUGAUAUGAACCAAGUCAAGUCUUCUAGAAUCCAGCAGCAGAAGACACUACCUGCACCACCACCCUCUAGAAAAAACUACUAUGCUAGCGAUUUAGAAUCUGUUCAAACUGAAGAUUUUGAAAGCAAAUUUUCUGAUCUUAUGAUAAAAGAUCCUAUUGGCAAAUCCUCUAUACAACCAAUUCGAAGUCAAACACCAGGCUUGCCAUCUGCUUCUGCUAAUAAACCAUCCAUUCUGUUACCACAGCAACCAGAAACUUUAGAUAGACAACUAACUGAAAAGAAAUCCUCAGAAAGAAAGAUACAAUUUUUAGAAAAUGGACAUGUUCAUUCUCCCUUGGAUCCUGUAUUAAAGAAAUCAGAGUCACAACCAAGAAGGAUGUUGUCUGAUUAUGGUAGAAAUACACCCACUCCUGCUGUUCCAUCUAUUCCUAAUAAUGGGCAUAAACCAAACUCCAAUUUUUAUGGUCACACUUCUAAGAUUAGUGUUAAUGGGCAUACACUAAACACAAGUGUAAAUGGGCAUUCACCAAAUGCAACUGUCAAUUGGCUCUCACCAAACACAAGUGUUAAUGGGCAUUCACCAAACACAAGUGUUAAUGGGCAUUCACCAAACACAAGUGUUAAUGGGCUUACACAUAAAAUGUUAAUGGGAGACAAAUCAUCCUCUAAUGGUGCUUUGCAAAAUUCAUUUAGUGCUUCACCAACCAUUAAUGGUGAUUUAUCAGCUGCUAAUGGUACUAUUCCUGCUUUUUCAAGAUCACUUCCAGUUACAAGAUUUAAUGUGGAGAAUGAAAAUCAUUCUAGAUUUAAUGUGGAGAAUGAAAAUCAUUCUAGAUUUAAUGUGGAGAAUGAAAAUCAUUCUAGAUAUAAUAUGGAGAAUGUAAAUAUAUCCAUGAAAAUCAUUCUAGAUUUAAUGUGGAGAAUGUAA